GCGCACAACACACUUGAAGCCCGCAUUAAACGCAGCCUGAUUUUUUGUUCAAGACAGUGAGUUUGGUUUGAGCAUAACUUUGGAAUCUACCAUGAUUGUACUGACGUCUGCCUAUCAUCUAGUAGACAAACAUAGUAGUUUUGUUAGUAUAUUAGGCUUUUUGGUGGUUAACUAAAAAAUAAGGAAAUCGGGAGGAAAAUAAGGAAAUUUGGCUCUGGGGAUAAGGAAAUUUUCAUUUUGACUGUGGAAGCACUGACACGUGGACGCGAUAAUUCCACCUCCGCUUGCAACAGGUUUUCUGCACUUUUAGGACUCAGUGUGGACGAACUGGACAUCAUUUGAAAGAUAUCAGUGUCACUUGGACAACAGCUAACCUGGAAUCAAGAUGCUACUGGGGACGAUGUCUUGAAAUAGCUGCUAGUCUGAAUGUUAUGAGUGAUCUUUGAAACAGAAGAGAGCCAAGCAAAGUUGGACACAGGAAGCUGUCCCACCUCAUUGCCAGUCAGCCGCAACUACGUUGCUGUGGGUGGAGUCACAUACUCCGUGCAGGUCUUAUUGCAGAUCUUAUGAUGGCCGCUUCAUGCCAAUUUACCUAUCUAACCGUAGCUGUCCUCCUGUCUAUCCUGCAUUCGUCAUUCUGUUUCGUUGGAAAGAAAAAGGUACUGGCUGAUGUGACGAGCAACAAACUUACCAGAGAGCAUGACGGCAGUUUUGGUCUUUGGUCAUUUCACGGGAUGGCAGCCGAGAGCCAUGCACAACAGACAGUGUUCACCUACAAUGCUGAUCUCCUCAGUACCAAUGGUAGUCAACACAUCAGUAUCGCAUCCACACUCUAUCCAUGGAUGGGACUCACUUCUGACCAGGAUCCGCUCUUCCAGGAAUAUUUGUUCCUGCAAGGGAGGACGGCAGGCAUCGAUGGUUUUCUCCUUGAAUGGGGACACAUGAACCAUUCAAGCAAUGCAGCUCUACUACAGCUUUUGAGGAUUGCAAAGAAAUAUGGGGCAUUUACCCUUGGAAUCAAUUGGUGUGAUCACUGGCUUACAAAAGAGCUGAAGAAUAAGACAAGUGCAGAGGUGGUUAAUGCAUUCCACAGCAACUUGCAGUAUCUGGUUGACAGUGUAUUCAUUCAUGGGCCUGAUGUCAUGCUGUACCAUGGCAACCAUCCUGUCAUCUUCAUCUUUGGAGGAGGACUGACAUCAAAGCAAUUCGCGGAAUUACUCAACAAGCCCCUCAGUCUUCCUCCAGACAUGGCCACCCCUAUCUGGAUUGGUUGCUACCUCAACUUUGCCUCCAGUCCUGCACUGUGGGAAGAAUGGGGCAGGUUACUAAACGGUACUUUUGGGUGGGCUCCAUUCGUUGAGAGGCCUACCCCCGCCAAUAUGUCUGAGUGGGACUACUAUGGAACGGUGGAAGAUGCUGUUCAGUAUCAGAGGAAUCUGAGCGAGUUUGGCAGUGACUGCGUGGCGAACGCUUCGUGUGUGUUAUGGUGUGGGUCGGUCUCCCCUGGCUUUGACAACAGAGGCUGUGCAGGGUGGGGGCGGAGUCUGCGGUACCUCCCACGAUUUGACCUGGAGACUCACCACAGAAGCACCUACAUUGCUCAGUGGGAGUUCUACAUUGAGCUAGCCUCGUCUCCAGAUGUUCUUAUCAUCCCUACCAUGAAUGAUUUCCCAGAAGCCACCGUUCUUCUCCCCACCAGUCCUUCCCUGGGCACGUUACACAGCACAGCCUGGCUGUCAGCCAAAUGGAAGAACAUCAGUAUGGACAUCAGAGGCGUGUCCCUCCCUGCCACUUGGUUUAGUCUGUACUCUCAGGCUAUGUUCCACCGGCUAACACCACGAGUGAAUGUGUCACACAUCAUCUUGGCGCUAGAGGAAACAGCGUUAUUGAUUAACAGCACACUGUAUAUCAAAGCAUCUAGCUGCCUCCAUCACAUUAGGAAAAGUUUACAGAAACUCACGUCCCAGUUGAAGGUCACCAACAUGACCCUGGACUUGCCAAGCAAGGGCCUGUACCCUACUGUGAAACCGACCACAGAAGCUGGCUCAUAUGUCGUCCGUAAGACUGAGGGAUUGUUCCUAGCUGUUGAUGAAGCAAGGGCUGCCGUACUGAGAGCGGCAAACUUUAAGGGCUUACUGCGCUUUGAGUAUCGUCUGCAGGAACAAACCUUCUCACAUCUCAGGGUGUAUUCCUCAACGUCAAGGCAGGACAGACAACCCAGGAGAGAACUCCUGGCCUCCAGAUAUCCAGGGAGCGGCAGGCACGGGGAGUUGUAUAUCAGAUAUGGAGACUAUGCUGAAGUAUGCGACAUCAUGGUGGCCUCGUCAGGUACCUGGGAGUCGGCUGUUGUGGCUCUCUACAAAGUCAAUCAGGCCUGGGAUCACAGUGCUGAGCAUUCAUCAGAUCUUUACUUUGUAGCUGACCAUUCAUUUUUACUACGGAAUAUCUCUUUGGAGUUUCAGAUAUUUUCUGUAGACUCAAGUUAAUGACUUUUGUUGCGAGGGGACAAUAUUGGGCGGACUCUCGUGAGUGACAGCCUUGUGAAACUUUCUUGAAGUUAAAUAACUCGGCUUGUAGGGUUAAACACAUCAAGAUAGGAUUGCCUGUCUGGAACCCUUGCGAUCCAAAUUGCCUUCAGCAAUGCUCACAAUACCUUCAAGAACUUGAAGCUCCUACUCGGUUGCUGUUUUAUACCUGCCAAAAACUGGUUCAGAAUGUUUGGUGCAUUAUUGUAACCCAAGAACUGGCUUCUUGACAUAUGACUUGUAAUGCAGGUGUUUGUGCCUUUUAGACAUGAGAACAUACCUUUAGAAAAUGUCACAGAUUUUUUAUUUUAAUUUUUGUACUUGAGGGUUUGCAUAAGGGUUGUUUAAGAGAGUGACAAAUGUUAUUUUCAUGGUAAAACAAUCGGUUGAAAUAAAUGUAAAACUUUGAAGGAUAUUUUGCUUUUAAGCCAAAGAUAUUUAUAGUUCAUUUGACUGGAAUGUGUACUUCAGCCUGAAGCAAAGUGUUGUUUUACCAAAGGAAAUCAUUGUCACCUUCCCAUGAAAACAAAUUUGAAACACAUUACUGUUCAAGUUUUUUACUGAAGCAUUUCAUAAACAAAUCUUAUUUCACUAGAAUUUAAUUGAAAUAUAUGAAUAUUGAAUCAGGUAAAACCAUGGAAAUGUCCCUUAUCUUGACUAUUUAAAGUGGUCAUCUGAAUAAAAAAAGUGAAAGCAGUGACUGUUGAUUUGAAUAAAAACUGUCGGGAGUGUUUCUGAAUCACAAGGUCAAGUCUGCAGGCUGACUGGUUUAACAAAGAUCACAUUUCACGGGUGCUUCUUAUCUUGCUGUCAAUCUGAUAUUAUAAAUCACUUGCGGGUUUGGGGCAUCUAUCUCUGUGGUCUGGGUGUAACCAGUGAAUAUUCAGCACAGACGUAAAUGCGUUGACUGCCAGUGUUGUGUGUAGAACUGUGAUUUGGAAAAGUUCAAGAUGGCAGUGCAAUGUAAUAGCGCUCAGUGUGCCUUGCAAUGCAUCAUAAUCGUGUUCAAUGCUUGUAGUAUGUAACAGGCAUACGUCUGCAUUGCCUGCAUUUGUAUUGUGUGCUCAGUUGAGCGCAUGUGUACAGUUUUUUGUGCUUUGGUCAUGUUAACUCAGAUGUUGCAGGCACAUUGUUUUCAAUCUACAUAGGCUUAGUACUUGGAGAAUUUUUUAAACAGUUAAAAACAGUUUCAUAGAA